UUUUAACCAAAAGCGUAAGUGAGCCAUCGAAGAGGAGCAGAAACUGACCAAACAAGUUCUCAGCAGGCAGGAAGCAGAAGGUAAAGACAAAAGAAGUAGUGAUGGAGCACUCAAAGCAGACGCAGUACAGCUCAAACGAGAAGAAAGACGGCGGCUCCGUGCUGAACGGACACUUUGACGGGAUGGUGAAGCGGUCAGCCGCUGCCCAGCCUCCCGGCGCGGAGUCCGGCUCGCACCGGCCGGUGAUGGAGAGCUGGAGGGAGGAGCGCACCAGGAGCGUGGAGGACAACGAGAUGAGUCUGCCGUGCCUGGCCGCAGCUUACACCACCAUCCUGCGGGGACUCGGGGAGGACCCGCAGCGGCAGGGGCUCCUCAAAACCCCCUGGAGGGCAGCCACCGCCAUGCAGUUCUUCACCAAGGGCUACCAGGAGAAAAUUAUCGACGUGCUAAACGACGCCAUCUUCGACGAAGACCACGACGAGAUGGUGAUCGUCAAAGACAUCGACAUGUUCUCCAUGUGUGAACAUCACUUGGUGCCCAUCUUCGGCAGGGUUCACAUCGGUUACCUGCCCAACAAGAGAGUCCUGGGCCUCAGUAAGCUGGCCAGGAUUGUUGAAAUCUACAGCCGUCGACUCCAAGUUCAGGAGAGGUUGACCAAACAAAUCGCCGUGGCGAUCACCGAGGCCCUGCAGCCGACCGGCGUCGGCGUGGUCAUUGAGGCAACCCACAUGUGUAUGGUGAUGCGAGGCGUUCAGAAGAUGAACAGUAAAACCGUCACCAGCACCAUGUUGGGAGUUUUCAGGGAAGAUCCAAAAACCCGAGACGAGUUUCUGACGCUGAUCAGAAGCUGAGAAGGACGAAGCCCUUUCUCCUCUUCCUCACGUUGCCUGGGGUUACCUCCACCUGCAUGGACCAGCCGCCGUGCUACCUGUGUGUGUGUGUGUGUGUGUGUGUGUGUGUGUG